AUGAUGGAAGACUUCAACAGUGAAACAGAUAGUGACUACACCAGCUAUUGGAGAGACUGGUUCGUCUCUUCGCGCGGAAAUGAGUACUUUUGUGAAAUCGACGAGGAUUACCUGACGGAUCGGUUCAACCUCACUGGUCUGAACACGGAAGUUCCCUAUUACCAAUAUGCUCUCGACCUCGUGACAGACGUGUUUGACCUCGAUGCCGAUGAUGAUUUGCGUGAGCAGAUUGAAAAAUCUGCCCGCCAUCUCUACGGGUUGGUGCAUGCUAGAUACAUUGUGACUACGCGCGGCCUCGCCAAGAUGCUUGACAAGUAUAAGAAGUGUGACUUUGGCAAAUGCCCUCGUGUUAUGUGUGACGGUCACCCUCUCCUCCCUAUGGGCCAGGCCGAUCUUCCCAACAUGAGCACCGUGAAGCUGUACUGCCCUAAGUGCGAGGACAUCUACAACCCCAAAUCUUCUCGCCACGCCUCCAUCGACGGUGCCUACUUCGGCACAUCAUUCCACUCUAUCCUGAUUCCAGGUCUACCCCGCUUUGAACCCAGAGAAGAGCAUGCGCAGGUCCACGCCGCCGCCGCGCUCGCCCGUUGGCAAGACGGCCAGCGUGAAGAUCUCGGCUACCGUCUUUCAGAAUUCGACAUCAGCCACCGAUUCGUCGAAGAGAGCGAGAGUGAUGAAGACGCUUACGACUAUGGCGAGGAGCCCGCUCCCGCUAAGACGGAGAAGGUGGCUGGAGAUGCGGCAUCGGGCCGCAUGGAUCUUGGCAACUGA